AUGCCCCACUGGUGCCUGGAGUGCGGAAAGAAUUUCGGUCAAAAGGCAGACUUGGAAAAGCACCUGGCGAACCACGCCGGGCAGUGUUCGUACAUCUGCAGUGACUGCGGCAGGAGCUUUACCGAACACCUGGCCCUCCCCACCUGUCGGGGAGCGUGCCCGGUGGGGAGUUCCUUCGGCCACGUCGGCUGCCGGAGGAAGAGCUUGCCUCCGCCGAGUGAGGCCGUCGCGCACCGGAAAGAGCGGAAGGAGCUCUCCCUGCAGGAAAAGGUCCAGGUGCUGGAGGUGCUGGAAGGGCCCAAGGUCUCCCAGAGCGAGCUGGCCAAAAGGUUCGGAGUCUCCCAGCCCCAGAUCUGCCGCAUCAUCAAGAACAAAGAGCGGAUCCUGGCGGAGUGGUGUAAAAAUGGCAACCCGGGACGCAAGCGCAAGCUGGAACAGAAGGGGGCGGCCGGUGAGGCGGCCCUCCUGCAGUGGUUUGAGCAGAGUUGCACACCCAGCCUCCCCACCAAUGGGACACAGCUCCAAGACAAGGCCAAGGCCCUCUCUGGGACACUAGGGAGACCGGAGCUGCACGGUUGGCUGGCUGGGUUCAAGUCGAGGCAGAGAACCGCCCGAGAAAGGCCCCGCACGGAGAAACAGAACGGGGAGCUACCGGAAGAGGAGCCCUGGGAAACCACAGUCCUGCCCGGUCUCCUCCGUCAAUACGAUCCUUCCGACAUCUACGCCUGUGGUGAAGUCGGCCUCUUGUUCCAGGCGACCCCAGAAGAUCUGGCGACGGAGCACAGACCGGGCGCCAAGGACCAGCUCACCAUCUUGCUCUGCACCAACUUAGAUGUGUCGGAUAAAAGGGGCCCCCUGAUCAUUGGCAAAGGGCCGAUUCCGUUUUGCUUCCGGGGGUCUGGCGCGGAGGAGCCACCCGUAACAUACAGAGCCCACCACAGGGCUUGGAUGACGACGGCCGUCUUCUCCGAGUGGCUCCGGAAACUCAACGAAGACAUGAAACGCAAGCAGAGGAGUGUGGUGCUCUUCUUGGUCCCGUCCGCCGCCCACCCCUCCGUGGAGCUCUCGAACAUCCGGAUGGUCUUCCUGCCGCUGCAGCCCGCCUGGAUCCGUCCUCUGGAGCAAGGGAUUAUCCAGAACUUUAAGGGCCACUACCGGCGGAGGAUGCUCACCCGACUGAUCGCCAGGCUCGACAGCAAAGCUUCCAGCUCUCCAGACGCACCGUCCAAGCACCUGACCCUUUUGGACGCCGUCCACAUGGUACUCCAAGCCUGGUCCGAGGUCUGUCCACAGACAGUGACCGACAGCUUCAGAGCCGCUGGCUUCGGCGUGAGCCCUCGCAUCCCGGCUCCUCCCGGGGACGUGGUCCGAGCCCUCGGGUUCCUGAACCGAGAGCAGUUUGAGCGCUUUGUCCUGGUCGAUGAAGGCCUGGAGUGUUCUGGGGGGCAGGGCGGUGCGGAGGUGGCGGGAGGGGACCAGCGGUGCGAAGACCCGGUCUGUGUGACGGCGGAGGAGGAGGAGGAAGAAAGGGCCGAGGACCCGGCUGCGCUCCCCUGCCCCUCAAAGGCGGAAGUCCUGGAGAGUUUGGCCAAGCUGCGGCGCUAUUUUGAGUGCCACGCGGCCCCACCAGCCGCGUUCCAGACGUUCUACAAGCUAGAGGACGUGGUUCACGGGAUGUCUCUGGCCGAUAGGCAAGCUUCAAGGGCCAGGACCCUUAACAAAGAGUGA